AUGAUUAUUUACAAGGAUAUUUUCUCUAACGACGAAUUAUUAUCAGACGCUUACGACGUCACCGAAGUUGAUGGUGUCAUCUACGAAGCCGAUUGUGCUAUGGUCAAGGUCGGUGGUGAUAACAUUGAUAUUGGUGCUAACCCAUCUGCUGAAGACGGUGGUGAUGAUGAUGUCGAUGACGGUUCUGAAAUCGUUAACAACGUUGUCCACUCCUUCCGUUUACAACCAACUGGUUUCGACAAGAAGUCUUUCCUAACUUACAUCAAGGGUUACAUGAAGGCUGUCAAGGCUAAAUUACAAGAAUCUAACCCAGAUGCUGUUGCCACUUUCGAAAAGGGUGCUCAAACUUACGUCAAGAAGGUCAUUGGUUCUUUCAAGGACUGGGAAUUCUUCACUGGUGAAUCCAUGGACCCAGAUGCCAUGAUCAUCAUGUUGAACUACCGUGAAGAUGGUACCACUCCAUUCAUCGCUAUCUGGAAGCAUGGUAUCGUUGAAGAAAAAAUCUAA